AUGCUGCUCACCCAUUUCGCAGCCCUCUUGGCUCUUGCCUGCUCGUGCUCGGCCGGUCCGAUUGCACGCUCGCUUGCUCCAGGCCAGGAGCCUGCAUCAUCUAGUUCCUCGCUGGCGACAAAUACCGGGCUGUCGACUACCUUCACAGUGGUUGAAACAUCUGCUGCCCUUCGGAAGGACGGUAGCGCUGAUGAAGAUGAGGGGGGAAUCACUGUUAUCCCUGUUACACCCUCGUGGCUAUUGACGUCCUCUACUGCCGAAGCUUUUUCUACGGUAUCUUCGUCUUCAACGGUUCCUACUACGUCGAGUUCGACUUUUGCACCGGCAGUGUUUGGGAAUGCGGUUUCGCCGACGGCUAGUGAGCAGGCGAGUUCGACUGCAUCGUCUUCUUCUGCUUCGCCAACCUCUACGUCACCAACAUCUACCUUGCCAGCAUCUAGCUCGAUAUCCACUCCCAGCUCCACUUCUACGCCUACCUCUGAAGCGGCUACUACAUCGUCGUCGUCUACCUCUUCAAUCAUCCACUCUUUCACGUCAUCCUCUACACCUACUGCAUCUACUACUCCUACAUCCACUUCUACUUCAGCGCCCUCUUUUGCCACAUCUUCAUCUUCCUCACCUACAGUGGCCCGCUCGUCGAGCUCAGUCUCAGUGGCUGUUUCUGGAUCUUCUUCGACGAUUGAUGCCUUCAAAACCCCAGCGCAGACUUCUCCUCUCUCAACCGCGACAUCAGCUAGCUCGUUCUUGUCCGUAGUUGGUGAUAUUACAUCCUCCACAUCAGUACAAACCAGUGCUGUCACUUCAUCUUCCGCGCCCAUCGCUCCUGCUACCCAAUCUUCAAGCAGGGCUCUUAGUUCGACUUCGUUUGCCUCAAGGCCAUCAAGCUCGCAGGUUUAUACCUCACCGGAGACAAUUUCAUCCUCGCCUUUGACAGCACCUUCUACAAACCAGUCCCCAACCUCCCCAAAGUCCACGGGAGUGCCAUCUUCGACCCCGGUUACAGCCUCCACUACACACAGUAGUGAUUCAAGACAACAUAUCCCAGUCUAUACGAAUACUGGCGCUGCUCGCUCCACGCUUGGUGGCCUUGUAGGCACUCUUGGGGCUGGGGCGGGUGUCACAAAUUCAUAUGCAGCAAAUUCAGUUCAAUCAUCCAGUUUCAGUGGAGUGGCUUCUGUAUCACCGACGGGAUCUACAUCGGCACCUCCUGUCCCUACAUCUGCUUCUUCCGCAGUAUCAGCAGCAGCUACUACUCCUAGCAGCGCUCCAGAUGUGCAGACAACAAGUGCAAGCGUUGGAGUUAUUGGUACACUCUCGGAUUCGGCUCCUACCACCAGUCCCAGCGAGGCCUUGUCUUCCACAGUGCUGCCUAACACUGUACUGCCCAGCAACCCAGCCAGCUCGGCAUCCUUGGUGGUGCAGUCUACUUCCUCUGAAGCACUUUCAAGCUCGACGACUCGUCAUUCUGGGCCUGUUGUCACACAGCCAGUCGUAGUCUAUGUCUCCGAGGGUGCUACAGCCGCCUUCUUCACAUCCACCGUUGCACGGACAACUUCGGCUGCUCCAGAAGUUGAGACGACGUCCACACCUACUACCUCCACCCAGCCUACGGAAACCACGUCCAGCUCGACCGUAUCCGAAGAGACCAUGACAUACACGAUCCACGCCACAGAGACGCACAGCGUGAUUGUGACCCAGCCUGGCCCGACAAUAACUGUCACGGCCUCAACCACCCCGAUUGAGUCUCAAACAACGUCCAUCCACCAGACCACCGCUGAGCCACAAAUUACACAGGCUGCAGCUGCCGCUCCCAAGGCCUCGACGACCAUUGACGAUCCAGACAAUGACUCAGGCUUGUUGACAGUCAUUCCCGUGACUCCUUCCUCCGGUAUCAUAUUUGUCACCAAGUACCAGACUGUGACAUCCUGGAAGGAAACAAAGACUGUGACGUCGUGGAAGGAGACUACCACGGAGACUGUGACGGCCACUACGACUGCGAUUCGCAUUCAGGUUGUUAGUUAG